ACACCUUUUGGUGCAAUAUAAAUGCGGCAUUGGAGACAUGUCAUCCAUAAAGUUAGAAGAAAAGCUCUCCUAUGAACAUAUGGAGAAGAACAAGUCCUACCCGGCAUACUCGGCUGCAUACUUGGGCGAAUUCGAGACCGAAGAGAGAUCCAACUCCUACAGCUUCAACGGGCCGAGCGGGAAAGGCAACGUGUUCGCGGCGUCAAGCGAUCCGGAGCUGAAGAGGAAGAAGCGGAUUGCAGCCUACAACGUGUUCACUGCGGAAGGCAAGCUCAAGUCCAGCCUCAGGAACAGCUUCAAGUGGAUCAAGGGCAAGUUGAACGAGGUUCGCUACGAUGUGUGCGAGUGAUUGUCGGCCAAUUUCGGCAACGAAAACUUUCUAAUCUGAUCAAUCUAGAGCUGUUUCAAUAUUUCCAUGUAUAGAACCUGUGUUCUUUUCCUUCUUUUUCUUAAGGGUUUUCUGUGAAGUGUGAUGCGGAGGACUACUUUUGCUCUCGCCAUCAGAUAACACUACCAAGCAUGGAAAAUAUGAGUAUUGGGGCAGUAUAUUAGUUUGUGCAUCUUUUUUCUUCAAAGAAAAAAAUUGGAACUUGCA